AUGAUUUCAGGAGAACAAAUUGAGAAGAUUAAAAUGCACUAUGAAAACACAAUAAACAUCACUAAUAACGAGUCUGAUACUCAUGCUAUUUACAAACACGUAUCUUUAAUUGCCUCAGCAUUAGAGUCGAUUUUAAAGACCGAGUCCUCAAGAAAUCGUACAGCAGCGCUUUGUGGCCAGUAUAUCGAGAUGGUACAAAUAUUGCUUGCUUUUGUGAGGGCUGAAAGAACAGGUGACUGGCAAUUGCACUUAUAUUCAGUUCAGCGUAUGUUACCUUUUUUUCACGCUGCUGGACGUAAUCACUAUGCAAAGUCAGCUCAUGCUUAUUUACAGCUUAUGUUAGAAUUUGACAAUCGUAUGCCUAAAGAAGAGUACGACAAAUUUGUUGCCAGUGGAUAUUUUACUAUUCGUCGAACAUCAAAAUUCUGGAGUGGCAUUUGGACGGAUCUGACUAUCGAGCAGGUGUUAAUGAGAUCCAUGAAAGUGGAAGGAGGACUUACGCGUGGUCGAGGUCUCACACAUUCAACGAUCGCACGCUGGGUAAUACAAUUCCGGCCACUAUAA